AUGAUAUUUUUAUACCAAAGUAUUUUGAAAUUAGGUUGUGUUUGCGACGGAAAGCAGUUGAAUUCUGGACUUGAUAGAGAUUGCUCGAGCUUGUCAUGCUGUGAUCAAGGGAAGUUAAAGAUAUCAGUUCGCCAGAGAUCUUCAGGUCAACCUCAAGGAAUCCAGUACAAGGUCACGAGGUCAGAGGUCAAAGGUCACAGAUCACCCGGCAAGAUGACCCUUCGCGCUCUGCCCUUCCAGUUCCUUAACCUCGGCGGUGAAAUGAUGUACAUCAUCGACCACAGACUCAGGGCGCAGAACAUCCCUACAGACAGGGCCAAUAAGGGUGAGUUUUGCAUGAGAGAACGUGCCUUUAUGACUCACAUCUUUAGAGCAG